AUGAAUCCCAAGGAUCUAAAGCGCGACAUGGAGAUCCUACGGGAAAACAUUGCAGUCGUCCAAAGAGCAGAGCGCAGCAGCAGCAGCAGAAAAGCCAAAGAGCUAUUUUCGGUGAAUCCGAAGCAUCUGAACUACGAGGGUAGAAUCAUUGAACCUUACGAGGACCAAAAGAUGAGAAAGAUGGGCAGUGAACGAAAAGAGGAUGUCGGCUUCCAACUUCCAUGGUCAGUCGACAAGGGAACCCUUGAACCUCUGCCCGCAUCGGACUUUGGAGGUACUUUGCUAGACGAGGAAAUCAGGCGCUUCGCCAAGUGGAUAGAGCCAACAGCGGCAGAAAGAGUUGCAAGACAAGCAGUCGCGUAUGAGGUGAAUGACGUGAUCGAAAGCGCCAUGUCCGACUUCGAAGACACAGCUUGGAACAUCUUCGGAUCGUCGAAGACGGGUCUGCUUUCGCCCGUCUCGGACAUCGAUGUUCGAAUUUACGAUACUCGCGAUACGAACGCGGACGUGGGAAGGAAACUCCGCAAUAUGGUCGACCAGUUCAAUGCCCUUCGAGGUGCCUUUAAGGACAGCAAGACGUUCACGGACCCUACCGUUCGCUACGGUCGAUUCCCGCUCCUGAACUUCACACAUGCGGCAACCGGCAUCGAAAUUCAGCUCGUUGCAUCGAACGACACAGCGCCUCAGAACGAGGUCAUGACAAGAUUUCUCGACGAGUUUCCCCGUGUACAUGAAGUCUUCUACGUGGUCCGAGCCAUGUUCUCCAUGCGCGGCUUCCUCGACGUUUGGUCUGGCGGCCUAGGCUCCUACGGCCUCUUCAUCAUGCUCGUUGCAGCUUUGAAACGUUACUCCGCAGCGAGGCCUGAAAUGUCUAUGUAUGCCAGCAACCAGCUUCUGGCCUUCCUCCAUUUCUACCGCGAUCUGGACAUGGAAAAGCACGGCGUCUCCGUCUCACGUAAUUCCCGGUUCCUCAAACACGAUCCGGACCCGAAAUACGAAACGUUUGCCGAGCUCGCAGCCAAGCGAGGCGACUCGGCGCGAGCGGGACAAUGGCUCAUCGGCCAAAAACGACCGCUGACGCACUGGCUCUUGUGCCUCCAAGACCCGGCCGAUCCCACGAACGAUCUCGGGCGCAGGAGCCACGCGAUCAAGCAUAUCCAGCGGACCAUGACGAAUACGGCAAACUGGCUGGUGGCCACCAAGAAGCUGCUCACGAAAGAAUACGGAUCUAAGCGAGAUUAUCGCUCGCGUCACGACUCUGUAUUGACGAUGAUCGUGGGGAGGUGUGAUCUGAGAUGGCGCCAAAGGCGGAGCAUGAUGGAACGGUAUGGGGAGACGAUCAUGGCGCGGGAGAGGGAGGAGGAUGCUUCUCGGUCCCUUUCUGCUGCGGCGGCUGAUGCGGAAGCGGCUGCGCAGGAACUGGAGAAGGCAUUCCAUGCCGGUCAAGUCAAUGAGGAUCGGUCUGCAGCGAAGAAUUAA